CGUAAACAAACAGCAGCUGCGACGGGACUUUCCUCCCAAUAACCUGGACUUUCCUCCCUAAAACCUGGACCUGAUCCGGUUCCGAGCGGCUCCACGUGGACGGGUCCCCCCGGGUUCGGGUCGAGAUGAAGUGUGUCGUGUCCGGCUGCACGAACCGAACCCUGAACCUCGGCAGGGGGGGUUUCAACAGACCCGGCAAGAGGUUCUUCAGCUUCCCCAAGGACCCGGCCCGGGGCAAGGUGUGGCUGGCAGCGCUGAGGGAGACGGAAAAGGACUCCUCCGAGCAGCACCUGAUCUGCGAGGACCACUUCCUGCCGGAGGACAUCUCCAGCACCGGCGUCAACAGCGACGCCAUCCCCAUCAUGCCCCCCUGCCUGGACAUGAGCAGCGCCUGGGGGGCCGAGUCCUCGGAGGACGAGGACCAGUGGGCCGAGGGCGGCGCUGGGUUUAAAGUUCCUUUUAGCGUAAAGCUGACCCUGCCAGAACUCCCCCCGCUGGAUCGCCCACAACUCCGCCUGCUGGAUCCACCGGAACCCCCUCCUCUGGAUCCACCGGAACCCCCUCCUCUGGAUCCACCAGAACUCCCUCCUCGGGGUCGACCAGACCUCCCUCCUCUGGGUCGACCAGACCUCCCUCCUCUGGGUCGACCAGACCUCCCUCCUCUGGGUCGACCAGACCUCCCUCCUCUGGGUCGACCAGACCUCCCUCCUCUGGGUCGACCAGACCUCCCUCCUCUGGGUCGACCAGACCUCCCUCCUCUGGGUCGACCAGACCUCCCUCCUCUGGGUCGACCAGACCUCCCUCCUCUGGGUCGACCAGACCUCCCUCCUCUGGGUCGACCAGACCUCCCUCCUCUGGGUCGACCAGAACCCCCUCUGUUGGAUCCACCAGAACUCCCUCGUCUGGGUCGACCAGACCCCGCUCCGCUGGAUCCACCACAACAGGAUCAAGCUGCUAAUGUGGCGUCGGGAGUCAAGAGGAGCAGUGAUCAUCAUCAUCAUCAUCAGAAAAAAAAUAGUCCUGCCGAGAUGUACACCAGAGACGAUGUGUCUCUGUCAGUGUUGACGCGCCGUUUCCUAGAUUUGUUCCUGAAGUCGCCGAAGGGGCUGGUGGACCUGAAACACGCCAUAACCAGCCUGCGCACGCGGCGGCGGCGAUUCUACGACAUCACCAACGUGUUGGAGGGCGUCAAGCUCAUCGAGAGGAGUUCGGUCAACACCUUCCAGUGGAUAGGAAGCUGUCCAGCGUCCAGCUUCCUGUCCAAGAGGGACGUCCAGGGGGAGAUGGACAACCUGAAGCUGGUGGAGGACACGCUGGACUCGCUCAUCAAGAGCUGUGCUCAGCAGCUCUUCCAGAUGACCGACGACCUCCACAACUCCAAGCUGGCCUACGUGACCCACCAGGACGUCUGCCGGCUCCAGGCCUUCCAGAACCAGACGGUGAUCACCGUCAAGGCUCCCGAGGAAACUAAACUGGAGAUCCCUGCACCUAAAGAGGACAGCAUCCAGGUCCACCUGAAGGCGGGAAAAGGUCCGAUCGUGGUGAUGACGUGUGACAUCGGGACCGGAGAGCGGGCGGGGGCGCCGGGCGGACACUUCUCCCCCCUGGAGGAGAGUCGGAUCAGAACGGCCACGUUUCACGCAGAGUCCUAGAGACUUCAGAGCAGAGUGACCACCGGGGGGCGCUAAAGAACCACAGAACCCUCCACCCCCCCAGGACCGGAGGCUGAGCGUUCACACGAGGGUUUAUCAGCUGCUUCUUCCAGAACAGACUUUCACCAGAGUCAUGAGACGACCGGACCUUCCACCACGGAGACUUGAGCUUUAUUUUUGUAUGGACGGACGACGUGACGAUCACCUCCCCUGCAGAGACUUUGUUUAUACGCCGUAACCAUGUAACGACGUUUUAAUUCACGUUUAGCGUCUUUAGAGCUUUUUUUUUCUUUUUCUACAUGAAUAAUGUUUUUGUUGUCAAACUUUGAGGUAAAUAAAUCCAUGAAAAGUU